AUGAGUGAGGGAUCAAGUGUGACUCGUGAGAAUUUCUUGGCAUGUUCAGAGCAAAUUGGACGUAGUUCACCCGAACUUUGGCCUGAACAAUUGCCAGGCGCUUGGGAUAUGUGGAAGAAUGUAUGCUUUUUUUACUAUCUAUCGUAUUUUAAUGGGUUCUGA